UCGAGCUGCUUGUCUGUUCAAAGUGUCUGUCUUGAAGAAAGGUGGGGUUUUUUUUCGUCGAAAAAUGUUGCAGAAUGACCUGUCUCGAGGGCUUUCCAUUCUUAGGUCGGUCUAUCCUGUAGUACUGACGAUUGAGGAAUUCUCCCAAAAAAUAUUAUACCGAGAUGGAAGAAAAGCAGUGUUUAUUGAGCCAUCCGACAGUGACUUUCACAAAAUGUCCGCUAGGAGAGUAAUUGUAUGUACCGAUAAAAUGUUGCAAGAGCGAGUCGCAAGCAGAAAUCAAGUUGCAAAAUUUUCGGAGGUGUUGGCGUAUGUGUUAAACAGUGCAAAGAAGAAGGGCAAGAGUAAUGUCCUCUCAUAUGGGUACAUCCUGAGAAGACCUGAGCACAGGCAGGCAGAUGCACUUAGCUUCCAGGGAGAGCUCAAGCAGAGUGCCCUAUUUAUCAACAGCAGUGACUUCUGGAAGACUGUAAAUGAGAGGCUGGGCACAGAUGUCACCAGGUACCUGCUGGAGAAAUGUUCAGUAUUUGUGGCAGCGCCCCCCUCAUGCCUGUUUCAGGUGUGUGGGGUGCCUCUCUAUCGCUAUGUCACCAUGGAAAUGAGUUACAGGUUUCUUCUCAGCAGGCCAAGAUCAUCUGUGCCUGCAGCAAUGCGCAGACUGAGAGCGAGUAGUUCUGUGGCUAUACCUAAACAAGGUGUUAUUGCCCCAAAGCAGGGGAGAUGGAGUAGGACUUGUAACAAAAGGUCUAGAAGGCCAGGGAAAUGGAAGCAUGUAGAGGGGGAAGAAUUGACAGAGGGACCAGUGUCUAAGCGGAGGAAGACCAAGAUAUUAAUAAAUGGGCAAAGGGGUAAGGGAUUAUGUAAAAUAGCUCCCCAGCUAGAGGGGGCUCCUAGCUGGAGAACAGGAGCUCCCCCUACCUCUCGGCCUUCCCAGACCUUCAUUCACACACGGGAGAUGAUGUAUGGGGGUAGGGGCCUGAGAAGCUUUCUGCUCAACAAGAAACUGAGGGGAGGGGCUGAGGGGAUGAGGUGUCUGCAAGGGCAAGAUCUGGUUAGGCUAGUCUUUUUUCAGGGGGCAAUAUAUUUUAAGAGUAUUGCGUCGAAUCCAAGGAGACUGCCUAACCGCUUUCACAGCAUGGUGGACCUGUUCAGCCAGCUUCUCGUCCUGCACAGCAAGUGUCCUUAUGCUCAGCUUCUGCGGAAGAACUGCCCUGUUGUGGGGUGGGGCGAAGACUUGAGCUCCCUUCUGCCUCUGCACUGCCCGCCCUUCAGCGUGUACCUCUUUAUCCGAGAAUGCCUCCACUGGGUGGUUCCCAAGGAGCUGUGGGGCUCUGCCCACAACCGGCUGCAUUUCCUGUCCCGUGUGAAGGCUUUUUUGUGCAUGGGCAGGUUUGAUAGGCUCUCCCUCUCUGAGCUCCUUUGGAAGAUGAAGGUGAAUGACUGUUACUGGCUUAAGAUCAGUAAAAAAGGUGGUGUCCCUGCUGGUGAGCACAGAUAUCGGGAGCACCUGCUGGGCCGGUUUCUUAGCUGGCUGUUGGGUGGGUAUGUGGUGGGCCUGGUCCGGGCCAUUUUCUACGUAACACAGAGCACGGGCCAGAAGAACCUCCUGCGCUUCUACAGGGAUGAUGUGUGGGCUAAAAUCCAGGAACUGGGCUUCAGGAAACAACUUGCAAAGGGACAGUGGGAGCUCCUUACCUGUGAGGAGGUGACGGCCCUCCCCAAAACCACAGUGGUCUCCCACCUGCGCUGGAUCCCCAAGAUGGAUGGCCUGCGGCCCAUCGUCAGAAUUAUGAAGAAGGAUGCUAAAGCACGGUUCUAUCAGUCCCAACUGAAGGACCUAUACGAUGUCCUGCGGGUGUGUGUGCAAGACAGACCCUCUUUUCUGGGCUCCACUGUGUUUGGGAUUCAGGAUAUCCACAGGGUCCUAAGUUCAUUUGCAGCUGUUCAGAAGGAGAAUCCCCGCCGCCUCUACUUUGUGAAGGCUGAUGUGAGUGGGGCUUAUGACAGUCUGCCUCACAACAAGCUGCUCCAGGUGGUGUGUGAGACCCUGUCUCCGUUCCUUGAUGAAGUAUUCUCAGUUCGACGCUACGCCCAAGUGUGGGCUGAUUCAUGCAAGGGUGUGAGGAAGGCCUUCCACCGGCAGGCGAAUACGUUGGCUGACACACAGAUGUCCAUGAAGGGUUUUGUCAUGGCCCAACAGAGGGAGAAAAAGAUUCACAAUGCCAUAAUGGUGGAACAGCAUUUCUCAUCAGAUGUGCGUGGAACAAAAGUCCUGGAUUUCUUCAAGCAGAUGCUGUCAAACUACAUCAUACGGUUUGGCAAAACAAUAUUCCGCCAGAGCUGUGGGGUUCCGCAGGGCUCAGUGGUAUCUACACUGCUGUGCUGCCUGUGUUAUGGACACAUGGAGAACACUCUGCUAAGCCAUGUUGUGGAUGGAGGAGGUUGUUUAAUGAGAUUGGUUGAUGAUUUCCUCCUCAUCACUCCUGAACUCAGCAAAGCGCAGGGCUUCCUCAGAACCCUGCAAGCGGGUGUAGCAGAGUAUGGCUGCUUUAUGAACCCUCGAAAGGUUGCAGCAAACUUUCCCCUGGGUGAUGACUAUCCAGAGCUCCAUGUCAUUCCUUCUGGGUCCCUGUUUCCAUGGUGUGGUCUCCUAGUGGACCCAUCCUCUCUAGAUGUUUACGCUGAUUAUUCCAGUUAUGCUGGCUUAUCCGUGCGUUCCAGCUUGACCCUGGUCUCCACCCCCCAUGCUGGACUACAGAUGAAGAGGAAGCUCCUUUCUAUCCUCAAACUUAAGUGUCAUGCCCUUUUCCUUGACCUUAAGAUGAACUCCCCAAAGGCUGUGAGUCAAAACAUUUACAAGAUCGUGCUGCUACAAGCCUACAGAUUUCAUGCUUGUGCCCAGAAUUUGCCUUUUGGUCAAAAGGUGAAUAAAAACAUUCCAUUCUUCCUUGUCCUGAUCUGGGAGAUGGCAAAAUAUACCAGACUGCUCAUCAAACAAAACAACAGACGAGUACCCCUGCCUUUCAUCUUGUGCUACAAGGCUGUGGAGCUAAUGUACUGCGUCUCCUUCCUGGCCAUCUUGUCCCACCACCGGUGCUUCUACAAGUGCCUCCUCCAUCAUCUCUGUAUGCGUAAAAAACAACUGGAGAGGAAGCUAGGUGGCCUUAAACUGGCCCUUGUCCAGCAGGCAUUCACACCCUUAAUCCCUGAGGACUUCAAGGUCAUUAGGUUGUAGAGGAACUGCUCUUAUGUAAAAUAUUUGCUGAAAUGACAGCUAUGAUCGACCUAUGCCAUUGAAUGAAGACAGUAUUGUCUUGCUCUUGUUCUCUUAGCAUCUAAAUGAAAAUGUGAAUAUCUUGAUUCAAAUUGCAAGUUUUGAAAAUAAAACAUUUUA